GCGUAUGACCGCCAUCUUGUAAAAGUGUCUGUAGUGUUUGGAGGUUUAGCGAGAAGGAACAGCAGCUUCGCCGGAGGCUGGAAGUCCUUUUGAAGUGGUUGCAACGGUCCUUGGCAGUCCCUGGGCACCCAGGUGACCUCGUGCGAGGCCAGGGUACCUUCAAGCUGCUAGGACAACCUCACGGCCGACAAACUCAUUUACACGCCCGACUAUCGCGAAGAUGUCAUGUUAUUUAGAGUUCGGCAUCAACGGGUGGUACUGAGGGGUCUAGUCCAGCCUCUAGCCCUGCCUCAGCAACAAGUCUCACAAUGGCUGCACCAAAAUAUGGUACCUUGGUUCCAAAUCGUAUCUUUGUAGGCGGUAUUUCUGCUAAUACCAGUGUAGAAGAACUUGCUGAGCUUUUCUCCUCUUAUGGCAAUGUAAAGGCUACAAAAAUAAUUGCUGACCGAGCUGGUGUUUCCAAAGGUUAUGGAUUUGUUACAUUUGAAACUGAGGAAGAAGCUAAAAGACUUCAGCAAGAGUCUGAAUGCAUUGUAUUAAGGGAAAGAAAAUUAAAUAUAGCACCUGCAAUUAAAAAACAACCUUUCAAUAGAUCUUUGGAUGGUGGUUCUGGCUCGCCACCCUCUGUGCCUACUAGUACUUACUAUUACCCAAAUGGUAUGGGGUUGACAUACCAAAAUGGCAUGACAUUUUAUAACACAACAGCUCCAACACCAACGACACCAAUUGCUCCACCGACCGAUCCAGCAACUAUUUAUCAAGCUACUGGAGUGUUCGGACCACAAGCUGCUGGUCAUCAAACUUUCACGCCUGUGAUGUACCCGUGUCCUGCUCCAUCUCUUUACAUGCCACAACAAUAUCAGUAUUCGCCUAUGCCGUACGAGUGUUAUGCAGGGGCAGUCGCCGCCGGAGCUCAUCAGUACUUGUAUCCAACGAACAACUCGCAGAACAGCACGAGUGGCGGUAACAGUAAUUCCGGAAGUGGUAACAAUGGCACAGGGGCGACGAGUCCACCAACGGGUCCUCCACAGCCAAUUCCAUCUUUACCCCCUCCGCCACCGACGCAUUUCUAUCCUUCUGCCGCUCCACCGCCGCAUCAUCAUCCACCGGUGCCUGCAGGUCCUGCGCCUCCUCAGAUGGACCACAUUUAUUAUCCAUUCGCAGCUGGACCCCAUCCACCUCCUCCACCGCAUGCAUCCAUGGGAUUGACCGAUCAGCAGCUAUUGCUUUUCCCUACUGAUGCCUCAUGUCAACAAACGUCUUCGUCUGAUGGUCAGGUUGCUCCCCAGGAGGAUUCUCGUUCGACAUCAAGCCACUCGGAGCAAGCACAUGGUGAAACACAGGCUGCUUCAGGGUCAGCCACACCCUUGGUGUCCUUAAUGCCCGUGAAAUUUCCCAUGUCCGGUCGUUACACCAAUUAUCAUCCAAUCGCUAUACAUACCGCUAACUUGUACAGUUCCCAGACAUGUUUAAAUGAAACUGACGAUUGCAGUGGCAAUCAGAUGCAUUGCAGGGCAAUCGUGUAUCAUCCGGCAGCCGUUUACAUUCCUCACACGCAUACAUCUCCAUUUCAUAACGCAUCCGGUGGUACCAGCCUGUUGCCAACACCUCCGUCAAUAUCACAACAGUUAUUCGAUUCUUCGAACAAGAAUCAGUGUUUCAAUUCCAGAGAUUACACGAAAUCCGGGAACGUGAACGGCCAAAAUAACUAUUCGAAAUCGCAGAAUCAUGGGAUCGCGUUGUCUCAUCAGAAUCCAUUCUUUCGAGCUCAAAAUGUAGGGAAUUCUCAACCGUACAAGCAUAGUAACAUAGAUGGAAGCUAUAAGUACACGACGCCGGCGAUGAGUUCGCGAUUCUCCAUGCAGUAUAGCAAAAAGGCGGUUGGCUCGAACGUGGGCUCCCCGGCUUCCUUCGUAGCACAAAGGUCAUCGGAGAAUUACAACCAAAAAUCGUUUGGUUCGAAUACAACCAGCGGUCAGCAAUAUAGUAGCACGAAUACACAGAAAAUGUUUAAUUCAGCGGCGAAUUUCGAUUACGCGAACGGCCGUAAGACUAAUAGCGGCGGUGAUCAGUAUUUCGAGAACGCGACAAAACCGAAUAACUAUCCUAGCCGUAAAAAUACGACGAACUAUAGAAACAACGGGGUGAUCGCCGGACAAACCGAUGGAGGUAACAAUUCCAAUAGUCAGUCAAAUGAUAAAUACGUGACUAAUAUCGAAAACGAGAAUAGUAAUUCGCAGGGUGUGCAAGGGACGGAGAAUAGUAGUUCGGAGAAGCCGGUGAGCCCACCGCCAGCACCGUAUUCGCCCAUGACAAGACCCCUUCCAAAUUUGUCACCACCCACCUCCCAGGUCCAGUUCUACAAUCCGGCGCAAAACCGCUAUCAGCCAUCCUUAGCCCCGUCCCAGCAUCAGCAGCAGCCACAACAGUCGAACGCUCAACGUCGGUACACCAUCGCCCCUGCGUUGACCGCGAGCAGAAAACCGACGGAGAAGUACGCGAAUUCCAAUUCCCAGGCAGCUACUACAACGAUGUUACGGCAGAACAAGUACAAGGUCAAUGGAAUAAUACAGGCCGGUAACAAAGUAGCGGACGAUAGUCUUGGAGGAGCCGGUGAUGCUCCACCAGGCGUUGGAAGAAUGCCAAUAACACCGCCCGGAACGCCAAGGACUCAUCCGGGUCAUCCUGCUGGCGACCAAGGUCAGCUGAGCGACGCGUGCCAUCAGAUGCAAGCUCUGACCCUUUAAAAUUCGUUCUCUCGAUAUACAUUAAUAACAACACGUAUGCGUACACAGGCUCGAUUCGUUUUUCCUCCCUUUCUUCUUCUUUCGGUCCUAACAGUACGUGUAAUAACGGUACGUACGUACCGUUUAAUAUAAUAGGUUAGUGACAGGUAGAUAAAGAUAUAGUUAGGUAGGUAGAUAGAUGCAUCCCGAUUUCGAAGCCGUAUGAAUGAGAAGAAAUAAUAAAUUAAAAGAAACGUGUCGAUUCACGAACGAUCCCAAUAAUUAAUAUAUUUUGAAAAAAAAAACCUGCAUAGACAGCACGAAUGCGAAUGAACUUGAACACAUUCGAAAAUACACAUUUGCUCUAUUCUCUUGUGAUCUCAAUCCCAAAUCUAUAGAAAAAAGUAAGAAAAGGAAACAGAAACAAAGGAAAGAAACGUGGAAAAUAUGCAGACUAGAUAAAAAACUCCAUAAAUGUAAAUGUAAAUUAUUGCUCUUCGGUAAAUUAUUAAAUGUACUAAAUUGUUAAGCAUUUAUAAAAGAAUAUAUUAUAUAUUAUAUAUAUUAUAUAUAUAUAUAUAAGAUAAAAAAAUAUAUACGAUAUUUAAAGAUUAUUAUAUUAGUUAUGAAAAGAAAACAAUAUAUACGAUUAAUAUAUAUUAUAUAUAUGUAAAUACAUAUAUACGUAUACUCAGGUGGAUGUGUAUAUGUACCUACAUAUAUAUGUAUGUACGUAUCUAUCGAAGAGAGCAGAUAUAAUUAGAGUAACGUGAAACAAAGGAAAUAAGAGAAAAUUCGAAGUCAAGCUAUAUUAUUAUAUAUAUCUCUUUAAAUAAAAAACCGAAAUGUUUAACGAAAGAGGCGAAGAAGAAAAAAUGAUAACAAUUCUAUCAUAAUAGAUAAUACAGAUAUGCUACACAUUAUUUAAAAUCUAUAUAUGUUAUAUAUGCAGUAUUUAACGUUUAUGCGCGAUAGGCUCGAUAAACCAUUGAAUCUCACGAGCAAGGCUAGAGUAGGAUAGAUGGAUUACAAACAGAUGAUAGGACAGAAGAAAACAUACAAAAAAAAGGAAGUAAUAUGGUAACAACAAAUAAUAUGUUAUUAUCGUACAAAGACGAGCGAUUUGUUAUGUGUUCAAAGAAAAAAAAACGGUAGUGAUGUCGAUAAACGAUAACGAUGAAGUGGAGGGUAAUAGGGAGGCAGAAAUAGAAUUGAUUUCAUAAAAAAAAAAAAAAAGACGGUUGCUCAAGGCACUGCCACAUCUCUCAGUUUUGAUUUUCUACCUGAUGGUAAAACCAGUACUUAUAGUUUAAUUAGAGUAACCGUGAACAAAACAACUCAUUCUCACGCAAUUUCGAGACGCCACAGUAGAAAAAGAAAUAAUAAUAUACUGAUUUACAUUUCUUCUUUUUUUUCGACAAGUUAUCCGCGCAAGAAAGACGCAGGAGGAAAUAUUUAAAACUUAACAAACAAAAAAACAGAAAAAAGGAGAAAAAGACAGAUGGUCAUAAAAAUAGCUGUUACAAAAAAACGAUGAAAAAAAGAGAAAAAAGAGAUGCCCUAAAUACCCGAAAAACGAAUACGGUAAAAAAAUAUACCUUUAAAAGAACAAAAAAAAAAAAACAA